AUGGCCUGUCGCGUCCAUCAUCUACUGGGACAGGUUUACGGAAAUACCGAUAAGGCCCAAGAGUCCGUCGAGAACCAUAGCUUAGCAGUAGAUCUGGCUCGUCAAGCGCUCGGCGAAGAUGCAGAGGAGACUAUGUGGUUUACGGAGAGCCUCAUCAGUGCGAAGUUGGCGACUCAGUCGUUUCGAGAGGCACUCCAGCUUGCUGAAGAGCUUCUGGCACAUUCCGAGGAAGAACUCGGCGAAUUCCACGAACUUUCACUCGCAGUCAAGCAAAGCCUUCUCAUCAUCUACCAAAAACUAGGAAUGUGGCCAGAGUCAGAGCGCCUCCAUCGGGAAUUCCUCCACUCUUUCGAAGAAACUGGGGUUGAGUCCCCCGACGAAUAUGCCUUUCUCUAUCGAUCCCUAUCAAAUGCAUGCACCAAGCAAGGCUUCCACAGAGACGCAGAAGUCUUCCUUUCGAAAUUCUGGGAUUGGUUUCAAAACAGCGAACCAGACCAAGAAGAAGAAACGGUCGAGGUUAUGGCCGAGUUGGCACGAGCUUACGCAAGAAUGGGAAAUUUUGACGUCGCGAAUCAGUUCAUAUCCCGCAUGCAGGCCAUAAGCGAGUCUCUCUUUCCUGACGAUGACUAUGAUUAUGAAGAUAAUCGGGACAUUCUUUGCGCAUCUGCGCGUGCAGAUGUCAUGUUCCUGGCCUGUCAACGGGAGCAAGCUGCAGACUUGAAGCAGAAAUACGUGGACCUUCAACCCACCGACUUGGAUGCGGUACUCGCCUUAUUAGACAUGUACGAGACAACAGGCGAUUAUUCUAAAGCGGCAAAGGCUCUGCCUUUAGCCAUUGGCGCUGCUUGGAUCCUCAAGACGCAGUCAAGCCCGGAGGUUCACCAAGUGGCGAUCGCCAAGGUUGCUACUUAUGAUUCAAGGAUACAUACAGCAAUAGGCGAUUUUGAACUUGCCCAAGAACAGGCUACAUUGGCAGUGAAUCGGGCAUCAAAGUGGGAUCUCGGCAACUUCACCUACGCCGAAACAUAUCGAAACGCUCUCCAAGCCAUGAUGACGUUGUAUGAGACACUCGGACGGGACAGAGAGAGGGAGGAGACAAGACUUAAGAACUUCGCCGACAGGAAGAAGCCAGGGACAACCACUUGGAUGGAUUGGCACGAGACCGGGCGAAGGUGA